CUUUGUUGUCAUCAUCAUCUCCGUCUCCAUUCUCUACCAAUCCACUUCCUCUCCUUUCAUUUAUCCUAUUCCCUUUUUGGUGACAUUUCUUUUUUUUAUUUUUUUACCCCUGCGUUCCUCUUCCCUCCCCUUUUUAAGAAACAGAGCUCCUCAGAAUGAACCUCGAUGUAUUCAAACCCAAAUUCUUUGCCCCUAGCACUAAAGGCGAGAAUGCCGAGUUGCUUGCGGACCUGAACAGUGAAUACCGCGACAGACGCAAGGAUGCUGUGAAGCGUGUCAUCGCAAACAUGACUGUUGGCAAAGAUGUCAGUUCCUUAUUUCCACAUGUCGUGAAGAAUAUGCAGACUGAAGACUUGGAGAUGAAAAAACUCGUCUAUUUGUACCUAAUGAACUAUGCCAAAUCAAAUCCUGAUCUGGUUAUCUUGGCCGUCAACACAUUUGUCAAGGAUACAGAUCACACCAACCCAUUGAUUCGUGCCUUGGCUAUCCGUACUAUGGGAUGCAUCCGUGUGGAUAAGAUUCUGGAUCAUCUAUGUGAACCUCUUCGCAAAUGCCUUCAGGAUGAUAAUCCAUAUGUUCGUAAGACUGCAGCUCUCUGUGUUGCCAAAUUAUGGGAUCUGGAUCAGGAGCGUGCAAUCGAGAAUGGAUUCGUCACCAUGUUACACGACCUUGUUUCAGACUCGACACCUCUGGUCGUGGCCAACGCUGUCACGGCUUUGGCGGAAAUGCAGGAGUCCUCUAUGAGCAAGGAUAUCUUUGUAGUGAAUGUGGCGAUCAUGAAUAAGAUGCUGAUGGCGUUAAAUGAAUGCACAGAGUGGGGACAAAUUGCAAUUUUGACAUCACUAGCAGAGUACAAACCCCUGGAUUCCAAAGAGGCAGAAAAUAUAUGUGAACGAGUCAUUCCUCGUCUUCAGCAUGCGAAUGGAUCUGUGGUCUUGUCAGCUAUCAGAGUCUUGUUGAUCUUAAUGAGAUAUAUCAAGAACGAUGAAUUCUCAAAGGCUUUGAUCAAGAAAAUGUCACCACCACUUGUAUCUCUCUUGGCAUCCGCACCCGAGGUUCAAUACGUAGCGCUCAGGAAUAUCAACUUGAUCUUGCAGAAGCGUGCAGAUAUUCUUCAGAACGAUGUACGCGUCUUCUUCUGCAAGUAUAACGAUCCACCUUACGUCAAACGCGAGAAGUUAGAAAUCAUAAUCAAAUUGUGCAAUGGCAGGAAUGUCGACCAAAUUCUCUCAGAGCUGAAAGAGUACGCUUCAGAAGUCGACGUUGACUUUGUUCGUAAGGCGGUUCGUGCAAUUGGGCGCUGUGCCAUUAUUAUUGACGAGGCAUCAGAGAGGUGCAUAAACGUGCUCUUGGAUCUGAUUAACACGAAGAUCAACUAUGUCGUUCAGGAGGCUAUUAUUGUCAUAAAGGAUAUCUUCCGAAAAUACCCAAGACGAUACGAGGCAAUCAUCCCCAAACUCUGUCAGAACCUCGAUUCACUUGACGAGCCUGAAGCAAAGGGGUCUCUCAUCUGGAUGGUUGGAGAAUACGCAGAGCGUAUUGAUAAUGCGGAUGAAUUGGUGGAAAACUUUUUGGAGACAUUCUUGGAGGAGAAUCCUCAGGUUCAGCUGCAGUUGUUAACUGCAACUGUCAAGCUCUUCCUGAAGAAGCCCUCACAAGCGCAAGAGAUUGUCCACAGAGUUCUUCAGACGGCAACACAGGAAGUGGAUAACCCUGAUACGAGAGAUAGAGCCUACGUCUACUGGCGUUUACUUUCAACCGACCCUCAGGCAGCUAAGACCGUGGUUUUAUCGGAGAAGCCUCCGAUUUCUGCAGAAUCCGAUCUGAGCAAGAUUUCACCAGUAUUGAUGGAUGAGUUGAUCAACAAUAUCUCGACAUUGGCCUCAGUAUAUCAUAAGCCCCUUUCAGCGUUUAUGGGCAACAGAGCAUACGGAGCAGAUGCCGUUCGUAAGGCGGCGAUUGCUGAUGCAAGGGAUGAAGAACAGAUUAUGGGUAGUGAUGAGUCGCCUGCAAGUUCAGGAGUUACAGGAACGGAGGCACCCAAGAGCACAAUGGCUGACCUAUUGGAUUUAGACUUUGGUUCAUCAGAGCCUGCAUAUACAUCACCACCAGUUUCUAGCAGCAAACCAAAUACUAAUGGAGGACCCAACUACAAUGCGGAUUUAUUUGACAUGUCAUCUGAUAUAGGCUCUUCAGGAAGCGUAUUUGGAGGCAUGGCAAGCAUGAAUGGUACUGGUGGAGGAGGUAUUCAGCAACAACAACAACAACAACAACAACAACAACAGACUCAGAGUGCGAAUAAUCAUUUUGGAGACCUAGGUGGAUUGGGAGGAUUGAACUUUGGACAGCAACAACAGCAGCAACAACAGCAGCAACAACAGCAGCAGCAACAGCAAUCAUUUCAGCAACCUUCAAACACACAACCAUCGACAGUAAACGAUUUGCUAGAUCUUUUUUAAUAUAUAUAAUAUCGACUUUUAUAAAUAGUAGAAAAAGUAG